AUGGACGAGGUCACCCGCGAGCGUUACGAGACGCAGUCUAAGGACCUACGCGUCAGGAUCAAGAUAUGGGAGCUCGAUUUCUCCAAAGAUCAUGCCGGCAAGAAGCCCAGCAGGCUGGACAUCAAGAACAACAGGGAAAUGGCUGCCGCGUACAAGGAAUAUCAGAGACUCAGGGACGUUCUUGAGGGCAAGAUCCCGCCGCCAACCACAAAAGGCCACCACCACCACCAUCAUGACGACGACGAACACAGAGAGACCCGCAAGCGCAAGUCUGCCCAGCCAGCACCCUCACACACGCCCUCGACGAAGCGCUUCCGCGCAGCAGAGACCCCAUCUUCGUCCCGGUACAACCCACCCCACAGCACCAUGCACAUGUUUACGCCUGGCGGCGCUCGCGACGCCGUGACACCCUCCCUCAGCCGAAAGCUCUUCUCCCCCGUCGUGCCCACCUCCAUAGGCCCCACUCCGCAGCGCGACGGCCGCGUGCUGGGUCUCUUCGAUUCCCUGCCAUUUAAGGAUGCAGAGAUCGACUCGCCCUGCAAGCCGCAGGCCUCCAUCAGGCUGUCCGAUGUCAUCGAGGCCGGGAGGAGGGGCAAGGAGGCCAUGGUGGAGGAGACGCCCAGGAAGAUAUCGCGCACAGGGCAGGCCUCCCCGUACAAAAGCGGCGGCGGCUUCCUCCUGACCACGCCGCUCAAACCCCAUGACGGGAACAGAGUGGCCAAGACGCCCGGCACGUCGUCGUCUUCCGUUUCCAAACUGCAGUUCCAGACACCCGCCUUCCUGCGGCGCAUCCCAAUGGCCAAGAUCACGGAGAGCAGCGACUUUGUGUCGCCCGAGCCGAUCCGCCUGCCCCGGAAGCCCCUGCUGCGCGGGCUGAGCAGCGUUGUGGCGGACCUGCGGAAGCUGCAGGAGGAGGAGCUGGAUGAUGAGCUGGAUGCGCUGCGGGAGGUGGAGCAGGAGGCCGCUGCCAGCGCUGGCGGAAAGCCGAAGAAGGCUACCGCAGGCACUGAUGACAAUAAGCCUGACGCCGAGCCUUCUGCAUCGGAAAAGCCAGCAGACAACAACGGACCUGCUGAACCAAGCAUCCUGGCAGAAGAUGCACAGAAACAGAACAUUACUCUCCUCGGCGGUUUCGACGACGAGGGCAAAUAUGACUCGCCAAACGAGGAAAACGCAGGCUUGGACCGCAACGGACAGCCGCUGCGGAUCUUCAAGAAGAAGGGACAAAAAAGAACUACCCGCAGGGUGAACAUGAGGCCCGUGAGGACCAAGAGGCCUACCACUAGCACCGCCUCAACAGACGAGGAUGAGAAGGGUCCAGCCAUCCAACAACAUACCGAAGCAAAGGCUGACGAGGAAGAGGACCCAGCGCUCUUCUCAGGCUCCGAGUUCGCAGACUCCGAAGACGAUCAAGACGAGCUGACCCAGGAUGAGAAGGCAAAGAAGAAGUCCGCAAACCCGGUCAAAAGGGCAGCUCGCAAGGUCAACGAGCUCGCGCAUGCCAACUUCAAGCGCCUCAAGCUGCGGAACAACGGCGCGAAAGGUGGGCCGGGGUAUAACAGCCGGUUCAGGCGGCGCCGAUGA